AUGAUAACAUUAUGGGCAAGAGCUUUGUAUAAACUAAUUUCUAAUAUACCUAAAGAUACAUUAUUAUUACAUAAAGAACUUGAAGUACUACUUGAAGAUCAUAAUAUAAAUGAAGAUAUAAGUGAAAAUAAAGAUGAUGAUAAUGAUGAUGAGAUUAAUAUAGAUAAAGAACAAGAACGUGAUUAUAUUUUAAGUUUUUUGAAAUAA